GAACAUCCUCGCCCACCGUCCUUUAUGAUGAACCAAAUUCGUAUCUUCGCCCCUUUAGGGACAGUCAGAGCAGGCCAUUCACUUCUGCGCUUGAUUCGACUCUCUCGCACACGUCUACAUCAAGACGGAGACGGGUCUCAGAAGGCCAUCUGUCACCUGUGCAGGGUGGUCUUACCCGUCCCGCACACUCCAGAUCAAGAACCGUAGAUGAUCACGACGGGCACCAUCCGUUGCGUGCCGCCUCCUCGCGCUCUAUGUCUGCCUCUACCUUAGGGGAUACGAGUCAUCACGAUACUCGCCCACACCUCGCUCGACUACUCUCAUUAUGGGAGAAGGAUUCAUCUCCUGCUAAUCAUGAUAAGCUCGAGGGGGCUCACGCGGGCUCUUCUAGCGGCUUGGGGAGAGGCGCAGAAGAGAGGGUAGUAUUGGUUCAUGAGGUCAUGCCCAAAGACUCCCUGGCUGGAGUAGCCUUGAAGUACGGCAUUACUGUUGCUGAGCUACGUCGCUCAAAUCAGCUCUGGGCAUCCGAUUCUAUACACCUUCGAAAGGUGCUUUAUAUUCCCUUGGGGCAUGCGAAACUUCCCUUUCUCGAUGCUGCUGUGACACCGGACAACAUAACGGUGAAUUUGCAGUCUCGAUCUGCAACUAGCAUUCCUGAGGACAUCAGCCCAGACUCAGCUUCUCAUGGAGCUCGCCGUACGUUCUCUUCUUACACCGUCCGACGAAUCCCCGCUACACGUCUUUCCUUCUUUCCUCCCUCUCAACCCACCCUACCUUCCACUUCACCUGCUCGCUCGUUGUAUCCCUUUCCGGCCGCCCAUCCCAGCGCGUCUCCCGUACCUCCACAUGAGUCCUUGCAGAUCCCUGCACGAGAAUCGUUCUUGCGUUCGUCUUCGACAGCCGUAGGCGCAACGCUACGCCCGCAUGCAUUGUCCUCCUUGGUCUCCGCACUUCCGUUUUCCGCGUCUACCCGUGACGAGAUUAUCUCUCGUCUCUCCUUCGAGUCCGCUUCUACGUCAACGACAGGCACGGGGAGCGACGAGGAUGAUCUUGAGCUCACUACAGUCCCUCCAACCCCUCAUUCACGCCCCAAGUACACCUCACCUGUGCCAUUCGUGGCGCCUCAGAGAAGGAGGCGUGGCCCGCGGACCGGACAGGAUGCCUCGUCUCCGGUACCAGAGGAGAUUGCGCUUGUGCAGAGUGUGGGUCCGGUGAGGACGGUGCAGAUGGAACCAAUACCCGCUAUGCAGCUUCCAUCAAGGAUGUCCCGGAGCUCCAAUAUGCCAAAAAGUGGGCAAGAUUCUGGGCUUGUGAAGCACAGUGUUGCCUGGUAGCGCAUGCGCUGGCACGCCGUGUUUGCAAUCCCUCUUUGAGCGCUAUAUUUGGGUUCGGGGUAUGUACAAUGUUGGUUCAUCGGUGGAUUUACACGUUUUUGUAGAUCUCUCGCACGGAUGAUGAGUCAGAUGAUGGGACGCUAAAGACGAACGCGCAGUGGAUAUGUGUGUUUUAUGGAUUUUGCUAUCAGCGCAGAAGGUUGACGGUUUCACUAGAUCAUUGUAUGACAUACACCAUCAUUUUUCUCCGGGACUCUUGUGUUUGCUUCUCAGUUUUUUUUAUCUCUAUAUGAUUCAGCUUGACAUGUC